AUGGCCCCACACAAGCACAGCAGCUCUUCUUCUUCAGGUGGGGGUCAGCAGCUGGUAGGAGGGGGGAAAGCUAAUGGGUUAAACUAUCAGUCCUCCUCCUCCUCCUCUUCGACAGAGGCUGCAGCCAAGAAGCCCAACAUGCAACUCACACAAGCCGACCACGAGUUGUUCCUGCAGGCCUUCGAGAAGCCAACACAAAUCUACAGGUUCCUCCGCACCAGGAACUUAAUCGCUCCUAUAUUCUUGCACAGGACACUCACCUACAUGUCCCACAGAAACUCAAGGAAUAACACCAAAAGGAAAAGCUCGAGAGUCGACAGUCUGCUGUUCAAAGUGGAGAAAAUGAGGGGCGAACAGGAGACUCACAGUUUGGCCUCUAAUCUGCAGCUCACCUUUACUGGCUUCUUUCAUAAAGCUGGAAAGCCGUCUCAGGACUGUGAGAACGAGCAGAACUCAGUUUCUCUGGAGGUGCUGCUGGUCAAAGUCUGCCACAAGAAAAGAAAGGAUGUGAGCUGUCCAGUAAAACAAGUCCCGACGGGGAAGAAGCAGGUUCCUCUCAACCCGGACGCUAGCGCCGGAGUCCAGGCCAAGCCGGGUUCCCUCCCCUCUCUGCUCGUCCCCAGCAGCGAGUUCGAACCCAGCAACUCUCACAUGGUCAAGUCGUACUCGCUGCUCUUCAGAGUGUCGAGGCCCGGUUGCCCCCGGCCACCGAUCAACGGCCUGACCAACGGAGAGACGCACCACAGCAGAGAUUUUACAGAGGAAGUGAUAAACAGGAAGAGGAGGAGCUCCUCUCUCAGGGAGGAGGGAGAAACCACAUUUGUGGCUCAGAUGACUGUCUUUGAUAAAAACAGGCGUCUGCAGCUGUUAGAUGGAGAAUACGAAGUGUCUAUGCAAGAGAUGGAGGAGUGUCCCGUCAAUAAGAAGAGAGCGACGUGGGAGACCAUCCUGGACGGAAAGCGCCUGCCUCCUUUUGAGAGCUUCUCUCAGGGUCCCACGCUGCAGUUCACGCUGCGCUGGACCAGCGACUCCCCCGAUCGCUCCACCGCGCCCGUCGCCAAACCUCUGGCCACCCGCAACUCCGAGACCAACCAGGACCCGAGACCCAGCACCCUGAGAGCCACACACACACUGGCUGUCAAAGAAUCCAUCAACGCAGACGUUCAGACGAGGAGAGAGCUGAUCUUAGCCGAGCCGAGACAGAAACUACGCAUCUUCUACCAGUUCCAGUACAACCACAACACCCGGCAGCAGACGGAGGCCAGAGACGACCUGCACUGUCCCUGGUGUACCCUCAACUGCAGGAAGCUCUACAGUCUGGUCAAACACCUCAAACUGUCCCACUCCCGCUUCAUCUUCAACUACGUGCCGCAUGCUAAAGGAGCGAAGAUCGAGGUGUCCAUCAACGAGAACUACGAUGGCUCGUACGCAGGAAACCCUCAGGACAUCCACAGCCAGCCGGGCUUCGCCUUCAGCAGGAACGGCCCCGUCAAGAGAACCGCCGUCACUCACAUCCUCGUCUGCAGGCCCAAGAGGACAAAGCCCAGCCUGUCGGAGUUUCUGGAGCCGGAGGACAACGACUCGGAUCAGCAGCGGCCGUACAUCAGCGGACACAACCGCCUCUACUUCCACAGUGACAGCUGCGUGCCGCUGCGGCCGCAGGAGAUGGAGGUGGACAGCGAGGACGAGAGGGACCCCGACUGGCUCAAAGAGAAAACCGUGAAGCAAAUCGACGACUUCACCGACGUCAACGAGGGCGAGAAGGAGAUCAUGAAGCUGUGGAACCUGCACGUCAUGAAGCGAGGUUUCAUAGCGGACAACCAGAUGAACAAGGCGUGCCUGGUGUUCGCCGAGCAGCACGGCGCCUUCAUCGUCCGUCACAACCUCUGCCGCAACUUCCUGCUGCACCUGAUCAGCAUGCACGACUUCAACCUGGUGAGCACCACGACCAUCGACCGCGCCAUGGCCGGGCUCCGCCUCCUCCAGAACCAGGCGGCUCAGAGGGGCAAAGACAAAAGGGAGGAGGGUGGAGAGGAGGAGGAGGAGGAGGAGGAGGAAGAAGAGGAAGAGGACUGGGAGACGGCUGUGGAGUCUCAGCCGGAGCCGGAUCCCGAUAUGUCCGAGUUUAAAGCGUGUAGCGAUGAGACUAGCGGCGGCGGCGGUGGCAGCGGCAGCUCGGAGAACGGGAACCAGCGGGAGCAGAAACUCGGGUCGGACCCGGAUUUAAACUGAGCAACGACAUGUGGGAGGAGUUGAACUGACUUUUUUUUUUUUUUUUUUUUU